UGUACUACUUUGCUAAUGAACACAAAUAGAAGGGUUAUUGGGUUUUAUUUUUUAAAUAUCCGAUAAAAAUGAAAUAAUACAAUACUAGGGGCAAUAGAAUCGAUUGAAUAUACUGGAGAUAAGAGCAAACUGGUCGCUUUAGAAUGAUUUUGGCUGCUAUGUGAAGAUUGACAGAAUGGAGGAAGACUUGGGGCAGGGAGAUCUAUUGGAAGGCUAUACUGCAAAAGUUCAUUGGAGAAGCGAUUGGGGAACUAGGUUGUUAUGGAGAUAAAUGAGAAAAAUGCUUUGGCUACUGUUUGAAUAUGUGGAGUGAGGAGAAGUUGAAGGUGAUAACUGAGAUUAAGAACUUUGGAAGGGUGGUGGGUAUCCUUGACAAUAAUAACAUACUAUUGUAUGCUAUACUAGCACAUGGAAAAGGGAUGGAUGGGUUGGAGAAGAAAAAUAAUGUAAUAAAAUCUGCAUACACAGUUGCCUUACCUGUGGAACUCACUGAAAAAGAGAUGGGAGUUUUACUAGUCACUACUCCAGCUACAAUUCCCUCUUUUAUUUUCACAGUGGCUGCUGCUUGGUAGUAGUUUUAUUACAGCUACCUUUAGUUAGGGGAGAUUGGGAAUAUGAGGGAGAAAGCUAAGUAGAUUAUUGUGUAUGAGACAGGUUUCCUAGGUUGACUGUCAGGGAGAGGGAUGUGGUCUAAUCUCAGCCUCUUGAGUAGUUAACAAAAAUGAUAAUUUAAAAAAAAAGUAGCAUAUUAAGGUUUGCAAAGAACCUUACUCAUUUUAUCCUUACCACAACCUUGUGAGAUAGGUAGUGUUAUUAUCCCUAUUUUCCAGGCUCAGAAACUGAGGCUAAGAAUUUGCCUGUAGUCCACAGCUGGAAUUCCAAUAGGAUGUUGUUCCACGUCUUAAACCUAACAUAAUUCAUUCUGCUAUCUAAUUACCUCUAACCUACUAUGGUCAGACCUUGGCUUCCAUUUGGGAUUCACUGUCCUAAAAUUUUAAGUUUUAAAAACAGUUACCGCUUUUGAACUUGGUAUCAGCUUUUAUUAUUUGUACCAUUAAUGUUGGCAGUUGUGGUUUUGUAUGUAUGUCUAAACUAACUGAAAAAUUCUAGAUCAGCAUUAUCUCUUGUAUUUGCCCUCACUCUACCCCAUCUCACAUAAUGUGCUUAACAUAUAAAUACAUAUUGUAUGAAUAUUUGGUGAAAUGAAUUUUAUUUUUCCACUAGGAAAAUUGUAUUUAUUUCUCAAAGAAACAAGACUUUGGGUUUUUGGUUUGGGUUGGUCUUUUUUUUUUUUUUUAAUUAGACACAAUUUGUAUCUUUCUUCUUUUUUUCCCCUUCAAGAUUUGAAGCAUGAAUUUCUACCUGUGUUUACUUUCCCUAUACUUGGGAAUAGUAGCUGCUGUUCCACAACUUGACUGGAUUUUAGAUGCUCAGUGGUACCAAUGGAAAGCACAGCAUAAAAAGGUUUAUGAAGAGGUAACUUUUAAACUACUCCUUUGCCCUCCCUCAACUUUAUUGGGCACAUGUCCAAGGUGCACUAGUAAAAUGGCCUUUUCCCAGAAGCCAACUAUUGCCCAGAUGAGAGCCAAAUUUGCCCAAGAUAGCCACUUUACCCCAAGGGUAGGAAUGCCCAUAGCAUCAGAACUUAAAAACCCUUCUGAGAUGGCAAUAUUUGAAUAUGAUCACCAUCCCAACUGUGUGCUGACUUCUUUACUGACAGUGAGGAUAGUUGAAUUUGUAACAAUAUGAGCAGAAUCUUAUUGAACCUUAAUUUUUGUAUUUGCUUCCAGAAUGACGAAGAUUGGAGGAGAGCAACAUGGGAGAAGAAUUUGAGAAUGAUUGAAAUGCACAAUCUGGAAUACAGUGCUGGCAAACACAGUUUCCAGAUGGAAAUGAACAAGUUUGGUGAUAUGACCAAUGAAGAAUUCAGACAAGUGAUGAAUAGCUUUUCAACAAACAGAGUUCAAAGGAGCACUAAAGGAAAACUGUUUCGUGAACCUCCCUUGGUAGAGAUCCCUAAAUCUGUAGACUGGAGAGACAAAGGCUAUGUAACUCCUGUUAAGAAUCAGGGUAUGUGUGGUUCUUGUUGGGCAUUUAGUGCAACUGGUGCCAUUGAAGGCCAGUGGUUCCGUAAAACAGGAGAACUUGUUUCACUUAGUGAACAGAAUUUGGUUGACUGCUCUGACUCUCAAGGCAAUGAAGGCUGUUAUGGUGGCUGGAUGGAUAAUGCCUUUAAAUAUGUGGAGGAAAAUGGAGGAAUUGAAACGGAAGAAUCCUAUCCCUAUACUGCAGUGAAUGGUAUCUGUCAGUAUAACCCACAAUAUUCUGGUGCUAAUGUCACUGGAUAUGUGGACAUCCCAAGGGGGGCGGAACGGGCUCUCGCAAAGGCCGUGGCAACUGUGGGUCCAGUCUCUGUUGCUAUUGAUGCAUCACAUCAAUCCUUCCAAUUCUAUAAAUCUGGUGUCUAUUAUGAACCAGACUGCAGUAGUAAACAACUAGAUCAUGGCGUGCUGGCUGUGGGCUAUGGUGUUGAGAGAAAAAACGGCAAGAAAUACUGGAUUGUCAAGAACAGCUGGGGUGAGGACUGGGGAAAUCAGGGAUACAUUUUAAUGGCCAAGGACCGCGACAACCACUGUGGAAUAGCAACAGUAGCCAGCUAUCCUGAAGUGUAAGGUGAUUGAAGGAGGAUUGCUUCACAGAGGGAUAUGAUCUCACAUGUAUCAUUGAAUAUAAAACACUUGAAUCCCCCAGGAUUCAAGUUACAAUUUAAUUUUUUGGUGAUAUUUUUAUAUUUGUGAAAUGUAAAUACUACUUUGUUAUAAGUAGCUUAUAAUAUUGCUUAAUUCAAAGACUUAAUAAAUUUUCAUUUUAUAAUUA